UCAGUUGCACCGUCCAGCGAAGGCCAGUGAAGUCCUGGAUGCGGAGCGUGUGCACCUGCUCCAAGGGGCCAUCCGAUCAGAACCUGCGGGUUUGGGAGGUGCGCGGCUGAGGGACCGCGUGGGCACGGAGGCAGGAGGCAGACGCUAACAGGACAGACAGUCAGACAGAGGAAAGUACUGGGUGUUCCGUGCGUCAGCCCUGGUCCCGGGCGUUUUGGGAGUGCGCCUUUGGUUCUCACAAGCCUCUGCAACGCAGGUGCUUUUGUGGCUGAGCCAACAGGCUUGAGAGGUUAGGCGACUUGCUCACAGCACGCAGCCAGCAGUGGAGGUCAGGUUUGGAACCCAGCCGGACCCAGAAUUCGUGAUGCUCCGACCUGCUCGGCUGCAGGAGUGAAAGCCUGGGAAAUGCGGGCGCCAACGGCCGAGCGCGCACCGCAGGGCGCGCUGUUUGAGGGCUCCAUGGCCCUGGUUCUGCCGCUGCUGCCGCUGCUGCUGUGGCGGGUUCAGGGGGACCCCGGGGGCAAGCUGUCGCUGGGGGAUCGGCAUGAACGAGUUUCCUUGGACGGCCGUCCCGGGGACCGGGUGAAUCUCUCCUGCGUAGGGGUCUCCCAUCCCGACCGCUGGGUCUGGGCGCCCAGCUUCCCGACCUGCAAGGGCCUGACCAAAGGCCGCCGCCCGAUCCUGUGGGUCUCUCGGAGCGGGAUCCCCACCGUGUCUCCUGUCCAGCCCUUUGCCGGCCGCCUGCGAGCCCUGGACCACCCUGGAAUCCGGCGGCUGGAGCUGCUGCUGAGCGCCGGGGACUCGGGCACCUUCAUCUGCAGGGGCCUCCACGAGGAGAGCCACACGGUGCUCCGCGUGCUGGGGGACGCGGCCGACUGCAGGGGCUCCGGGCCCAGCCCGGGGUCCGUGUAUCCCCUGCUCCUGAUCCCCCUGCUGGGCGCCGGGCUGGUGCUGGGACUGGGAGCGGCGGGUGCGGUCUGGUGGCAGCGCAGGCGCUCACCCCCACGCCCGCCGCGGCCACUCCCCAGAUCUGUCCCACGAGUGAAAGCCGAGCCCCGGAGACCAGCAAAGGCUGAGGAGCCCAAGACUGCGGGGGACCUGGACCAGGAGUCGAGCCUGCUCUACGCAGACCUGGAUCGCUCGGCCCUCAGACGGCCCUGCCGGCUGUCCCCAGUGGUCCCUGCUGACUCCUCCACCAUCUAUGCGGCUGUCGUUUGAAGGAAAGCCCUUCCUCCAAACUUCACAAGCUGGGGGCUCCCAGCUCUCCAGAACUACCCUCUCUGUCUUCGGCUCUCCCGGGGAAAUGAAGGCACCAUAGGAUAGAAAUGAGCACUAGACUGGGAGUCGGGAGACCUGGCUCCAGGCUGUCUCUGCCACUGAGCUUCUCCUGCAGCCACCCCACCCACCGCCUAGACCCUCCACGUCUCCUUUACCACUGGUCCCUCUAAAGCUCACAGACCUUUCCCACCUUAAGGCAUCAGCCACUCCGAGAGUCGCUCCCUCUCUUCCCUCCCUUCCAGUCUAGCUCCUCGAACCAGGCUCCUCCAUGUUCUUCUCCUGCACUCUACGCCCAGGAGGCUGCCAGUGAGGUCCUAACGGCCACAUUAGCAUUCAUCUGGCUUGGCUUGGCUUUUGAUCACUCCCUUCUUUAAGCUGUUUUUCUCUCUUUUCUUUUUUUUAAAAUAUAUUUUAUUGAUUUUUACAGGGAGGAAGGGAGAGGGAUAGAGAGUUAGAAACAUCGAUGAGAGAGUAACAUCGAUCAGCUGCCUCCUGCACACCCCCUACUGGGGAUGUGCCCGCAACCAAGGUACCUGCCCUUGACCGGAAUUGAACCUCGGACCCUUCGGUCCGCAGGCCGAUGCUCUAUCCACUGAGCCAAACCGGUUAGGGCAAAGCUGUUUCUCUUUAAUGCUGCUGCCUUCCUUCUGGAAUCCUCUUCCUUCCUCCCUCCCGCCACGGUAUCCCCACCGUUUAGGUUUGCCCCUUCCUCUUCCUCUUCUGGGAAGUGAUCCCCAGUGGCCUCAGCCCUCACCUUGGCAAAUGACACCCAGAACUCUCCAGCUCAGCUGUCAGCUGAGAGGUUUCCAAACUGUCCCUCAGACAUCCCUGUCUGUCUGGCCCUACACAUUUUUCAUACAGCAUGUCCAAAACGCAUUGUCAUCUCCAAACCUCCCAUCAGUCCUCCUCUGUAUUUCCUCUUGAUCAACCCUCUUGCCCAGGCCAGAAACUGAGUCAUGCAGCAUCCUUCCUGUCACACAAUGAACCAAGUCCUUCUGUUCUGUUCUAACAUCAGUCAAACCCACACCCUUCUUCAUGCCCAGCCCUGCCACCUGAGUGUAUGCUCCUCGUUUCCCUGGAUUACCCAGAAACCCACCUCAUCCUUUUUCCCUUGCCCGCCUCCCUGAAGGCAGGUAGAUCCUUCCCAAAUAUAACCUACUUCUGACAGCCUGUAUUUCAGAUCUGUAGUUUCUUUCCUUAACCGUCAGCCCUGGGCCCAGGGGCCUUGGCUUUGGGUACACAGUACUACGGCACUUCGCCUCCUCUCUAGGCUUAUCUGUCACAUCACUCACACAACGCCAGCCGUGGAGAAACCCCCGCAGGCCCCAAGCGCUGUGUGCCUCUGUCCGGUGCAAUGCCCUCUUCAUGGAUUACACUUUCCCUUCUCUCCACUGCCUGCCUGCUAGUUCUUACUAAUCCUCAGGACUCAGUUCAGUGCCGCCUCUGGGAAGCCAUUCCGACCCCUCGCCGCCCUGCACGCAUUUUGAUGCCCUGGGAGGCCCCUUGUUCUCUCAUAGCAGCAGCCUCCUGUGACUUGUUCCCUCACAACCUGUCUUCCGUUGGUAAGCGAUGUUCAAGCAUUGUGAGUUCCCUGGGAGCAGGAGACUGGCCCUUUUCACAUCACUGCUAAGCCUCAGUAAAUGAGUGAAUAAAAAUUAA